UACCGGGCAGUUUUUUUUAUUAUUUCGGCAUAAAACAAACUGCAGGAUUCCAAGUUAGGGUUAGCUCUCGUUAGCACGGUGUUUCUGUCAAGAAGAUGGCGCAUUGGGAUAAAAGUUUACCGUUGUGGAAUCCUUCCGUGCCUCUGGAUUUUGCAUCGUGUUGGGUCCUCUGCAACAAUUUUGCUGGUCUAGACUUGAACUCCGGUUCUCAAGGAAACAAGACCGGUCCAAGUCGCUACGUGCCCCCGCACCUGCGCAACAACCGGUCUGUGUUGCCUGGUCCUCCUCAGGGGAACGCCCAGAGUUAUAACCAGAAGUCAUCGUACCCUGAGCCACAGGGAGGUGACGACUGGGGAGCAAGGGACGGCUUCAGAGGUGACCGUGGAGGUGGCCGUGGAGGUGCUGAUUUUUCAAAUUUUGGUGGCCGCAACAAGAGGAACGAUGGCCCCGUUCGCAACAAUGCUUUCCCACCACGCCAGGGUGGAGGCUCAAACUGGCGCAGCCCAGAUGAAGUGGCCCAAGAGGCGGCCCCUCGCGAAGGCUCACGCGAUGGUGGCGGCGGCGGAGGCUGGGGUCGGGAUGACCGUGGCGGCAACUGGGACCGCCGCAAUGGGGGGCGGCGCAACGCUGACGUUGACGAGGACUGGACCAGACCGCUUCCUAGGGACGAACGGAUAGAGAGAGAGCUGUUCUCGCAAGGACACACAGGCAUAAACUUUGAGAAGUAUGAGGACAUUCCUGUGGAGGCGACCGGUGAUGAUUCACCCAAGCACAUCAGCUCGUUUGACGACUGCUCCCUGACGGAGAUCAUUCGCAUGAACAUCGAGCUGGCGCACUACACCUCGCCCACACCCGUGCAGAAGCACGCCAUUCCCAUCAUCCUCUCCAAGCGAGACCUGAUGGCUUGCGCCCAGACAGGGUCUGGAAAAACAGCGGCUUUCCUGGUGCCCAUAUUGAACCAGGUGUUUGAGGAGGGACCUCCCAAGAAUGUGCCUGCGCCCCACCGGUACUCGAGUCGGCCCAAGCAGUACCCGCUGGCGCUGAUCCUGAGCCCGACGCGUGAGCUGGCUUGCCAGAUCUACGAGGAGGCCUGCAAGUUUGCGUAUCGCUCGCGCGUGCGGCCUUGCGUGGUGUACGGGGGUGCUGAUCCUGUGCAGCAAAUGAAGGACCUGGACCGAGGGUGCCACCUGCUGGUGGCCACGCCAGGGCGUCUGGUGGACAUGAUGGAGCGCGGCAAGGUGAGCCUGGAGCUAGUGCGGUACCUGGUUCUGGACGAGGCAGACCGUAUGCUGGACAUGGGUUUUGAGCCCCAAAUCCGGCGCAUCGUGCUCGAAGACAACAUGCCCCCUGUUGGCCAGCGGCAGACACUCAUGUUUUCUGCCACCUUCCCCAAGAAAGUGCAGGAACUCGCACGCAAGUUCCUGGACAACUACAUCUUCCUGGCCGUGGGGCGUGUGGGCAGCACAUCGGAGAACAUCACCCAGAAGGUGGUGUGGGUUGAGGAGCACGACAAGCGGUCCUUCCUGCUGGACCUGCUGAAUGCUGCGGGCCUUAGAAAUGGAGGCCAUGCGACGGCAUCGGACUCGCUGACACUGAGCUUUGUGGAGACAAAGAAAGGUGCGGAUUCGCUGGAGCACUUCCUGCUCAAGGAGGGCUACCCAGUGACCAGCAUUCACGGGGACCGGACCCAGCGGGAGCGUGAGGAGGCCCUUUGGUCCUUCCGUACAGGGCGCACCCCGAUCCUGGUGGCCACAGCUGUUGCAGCAAGAGGUUUGGACAUUCCAAAUGUGAAGCAUGUAAUCAACUUCGACUUGCCCAGUGACAUCGAGGAGUAUGUCCACCGAAUCGGCCGUACAGGCCGUGUGGGCAACCUGGGUUUGGCCACGUCUUUCUUUAAUGAGAAGAACCGCAACAUGGCCCUGGACCUUGUGGAGCUGAUAACGGAAACCAAGCAGGAACUGCCGGACUGGCUAGCCUGCCUGGCCAAGGAAGUGCAAGCAGAGCAACGUUCCUCCAACCAGCGCCGCUUUGGCUCUGGGGGACGCAGUUCCCGGUAUUCCUCAGGUGGCUUUGGCAGCCGCGACUACCGUCAGUACGGAGGCAGCACAGGUCGCGAUCGUCCCAUGGGCGGACCUCCCAUGGGAGGCGGUAUGGGCGGCCGCAGCGGUGGGCCCGGCGGCUACGGCGGCGCACCCCAGUAUGGUGGAUCGAGCAGCCAGUUUGUGGGCGGCUACAGGCCCAACAGCUACGGGGGCAACUACAGCAGCGCCUCCAAUGACUGGUGGGGCAACUGAGGGGCGCACUGCGCGGCCUCCCUCCACCAGCCGACACGCCUCCCCACGCCAGUUUCUCCUCCUCUUCUUCCACCCGUCUCUGCGGUCAGCGCAUCUCCCUCCCCCUCAACCACGACUGCUGCGCACGGGCCGUUCUUCUUGAGCCAGUGGUGGGCAGCACAGGAGAGAAAAAGAAAAGAAAGAGCGCGCAACUUCGGGGCUGGAGCCAGCAUGUCUUUUUCGGUGCUGCGUGACAGGGGCAACAAAUGGAACAUUGGUAUGGGAGAAAGAAAGGCAUGGCCUUCCUUUUACUUGUCUCUCGAUGAUACACGUAUGUUGCAGCAAGGCCUCAUUGCCCAGACAUGCUGCCAUCUCCCGCCCACCCAUUUUGUUGCUAUCUCAAUCAGUAGCUGUGAUCCCUGUGUAGUUUGUGGUCAUUGCUGCGGCCGUUUCUCUGUAGGCUUUGCGAAGCAACUACCCCUUGGUCGUGUUGAGGAGAGGAGGACCCCCGAACAUAGUUUUUUUCUUCGCUGACUUUUUUUAUGUUCUUUAUUUUAUUUUUGCGUUGCACCACCCACUGUUGUCUAGGCAUACACGUAUAUAUAGUCUUUUUAUGUGUGCGUAUUUGUGUGUUAGAUAGCCCAUUCCCUUUCUUGUUCACACCGGUGUGCGGACCCACAAGUUUCCCAACGCAUGUCACUCCCUUUUUACUUCCUAAAACCUCUCUAUUCUUGCUCAUUGUCACUUUUUCUUUCCUUUUAUUUUUUUCUUCCUGCUCGGAUUUUCUGUCUUGAUCAAGUCUGCAUUCUUCACUUGUUUUAUUUACCCUGAAGUGUGAAGGCUUUCUUGCUUUCCCCCCUCCUUUAGCUUAGGUGCUAGCUAUUACAGCCUGGUUUUAGGGAAGAAGUUGCGGGACCUAGUUUUGCAAGUGAGGCAUCUGUCAUCCCGGGCAGUGAGCAGCAAAUUGCCAUUCCUAGGCAUUUUCGGGAUGCUGCUUUUGAAACGUUCAGCACUGUCCUGGGGCACGAGAACACUUCGUAUGGCAGUCUCUCCUGCCAGGGAAAGGAGUAUUACUGCAGAUUUUCUGGGCAGCAGUAGCAGCCACCUUUUGCAGACCAAUAAUGUAAUGCAGCUGGCCACAAAGUAGCUUGUUUCUAAUUUAAGGUAUUGUUAUUUUUUUCUUUGUGCUGUUGUACCUGGAACACACAUUUGAAAGGCUCCUUUUUACACCAGGGAAAAAAAAAGAACCUGAACAUGCUCAUUGGCAUGUUACCAAUAAAAGCUUUUUUUCUCAAAUAGUUUGCCCAUUUUUAGCAUACCGUAUAUACUCGUGUAAGGGCCGCACUUUUUCUUCGAAAAUUUUGCUAGGUGCGGCCCUUACACGAAUCAGGCCGAUUUAGUACAGGCAGUACAGGCCAAAGGUCUGUACUGUUUAUGCAACAGUAGCAGAGUGCAAGAGUCACAAAUGACAUGCCAGAAAUGUUUUUAUUCGGAUUCCAUUUCGCUGUCCUCGUUCUCGGAGGAGCUCGCCUCGGCGUCCGCGUCUUCCCAGAGACGGUCAUCUUCGGUGCCGUUCAUGGAGUUCGAAAUUCCCGUUACCUUGAAGCUUUUAGCAACUACUUCUACUGACAUGGCACGCCACGCAUUCAAAAUCCAUUCACACACCUGUUGGAGCGACGCCCGCUUCAGCCGUCCUGUAGGGGUCUUCUCGUGGACGCCUCCAGCCAUCCAUUCAGAGUAACAUCGGCGAAAUUCCACUUUGAAUGGUCUGUUGACGCAUACGUCGAGCGGCUGCAGCACACUCGUCAGGCCACCGGGAAUGACGGCCAAGUCCGUACGAGUUGCGGCAACUCGGUUCUUGACGCGGUCGGUCAAGUGGCCCCUAAAGCUGUCCAAAACAAGGAGGGCUUUCCGUUGUAACAGCCCUCCAGGUCUGUUUGCCCAGACGGUCUUAAUCCAGUCAACGACCAGUUCCUCGGACAUCCAGCCCUUCUCUUGCGCACGUACGACGAUUCCCUGAGGGAACUUCUCUUUUGGGAGAGUCUUCCUUUUAAAUACGACGUACGGCGGAAGCCUCCUGCCGUCUGCCGUGAUGCACAACAUCACAGUGCACCUUUGGCGUUCUGCACCAGUCGUGCGCACAGACACACUUUUCGCACCUUUUAAAUCCACUGUGGUGCUUUCCGGUGCAUCGAACCACACAGGUGUCUGGUCCGCAUUCCCAAUUUGGGACAGGUCGUAUUCAUGCUCCCUCCUGAGAGCAUUCACGAAGCGAUGAAACUUAAUGACGUGGUCUUCGUACUCGCGCGGCAGUUUUUGGCAAAUCGUCGUUCGGCGCCGAAUAGAAAGCUGGUUACGGUUCAUAAACCGCGUAGCCCAGCCCCGACUUGCCUUGAAUUGUGCCGGGGGUAUUUCCAUGUGGCGAGCGAUGCUGAGGGCUUUGACGCGUAUCAUGUCAGUCGAUACGGCGUAGCCGUCCCUUCGUGUGUCGACGACGUAGUUGACGAGCUCGCUUUCGAGUUGCGGGUACUUGCACUUUUUCCCGCGAAACGCCUUUCGGCUCCUGUUAGUAGCGGCGAGGGCAUCUUUCUGAUUCAUCCAGUAACGCACGCGCUUCUCAUCGACGUCGUACUUUCGUCCAGCUUCCCGCUUCCCGUGCUCCUCGGCAUAGUCAAUCACUUGCAGCUUAAAUGCUGCAGUGAAUGAUCUCAGAUGCCGGCCCAUCGUCCGUCACGUGCGCUGGCUUCUGCAGGGUUCACUACAACCAACAAAGUGACACCGACGACACCGAUCUGAAGUCGCGCUGCCAACGUAUCGACACGAUGCUAGGAACGAUGCCAACAAAGAGGCCGCACAAGGCAAAUAUGGCGGCGCGCUGUCAACAGCGUGGUCGGCGCGUCGGCGGAAGUAGAAUAAAAGCGGAAAAGCGUGCAGCGCCAUCUGGCUGUAAAUGAACUAACUACACUUUUCUGGCGGGACAUUUUGAACUUUUGUUUUUUUUUUUUCGAAAUAUCCGCUUUCAAAGUUGGGGUGCGGCCCUUACACGAGGGCGGCCCUUACACGAGUAUAUACGGUAGCCUUGCGACUCUGGAUCUCAUGGUCACAGCGAUGCACUCUGUAAGACCCAUUGGCCCUUUGCUAUUUCUUUGAAGGCCCUGUAGAAACUGGGCUCGUUAUUACUGUUUAUUGUUAAUUGCACGUUCUUGGUACUCACGUGCUUCUAAUACACUAUCCCGAAGCUUGUUUGGCUCCCUAGGACGCGUUACACGAGUAUGCGAAUUCCAAUGUUGUGGGCUUGUCUUCCAUCUGAAAUGCAAGGUUACACUUCUGUUUAUUUAUUCUGUAUGUGUGUUCUGGGUGUGCAUGCCGACUGCACUUGUUUGUAAUGUUCAGAGCUUCUGUGUUUCAUAUUUGCAAGUCUUACGCGAGACUCUUACUUGGAAUGCAUUGGAUUCAUUUCUUGUGCCCUGGCGUCGUACGUGCAGUGGCGCGUCUUUCCAGGUAAUCCCGACCAACUGUGCAAGACUCUGCUGCCAAUUUGGCCCCAAUGGGAUGCGCAGAUGUUUAGGAAGUGACAAGAAGUGUUGAACUUGUGGCUACACCUUUUGAGAUUCACAUCGGCAGGCAUUGCUCCGAAGCUUCAAGUAUGAGCGUCACCUAGCUGCAUUAUUGGAGUUAUAAGAAACCAAGAAUCCCGCAUACGUAGCUUUGUCAAUUGCACACCACUAAAUCUCCCCAUGUACAAUGAUGGAGAGUCCUUGCUUCUCUAUCCUUGCCUAGUAGAUUGUGCACCUAAAUUUUUUCUUUAUUUUUCCUGCGCGUCUUUUUAAUGUGCAACGUUCGAAAAGCAAGGCGUCGCAGCUUUCAGCUGCUGCUGUGGUUCUACUUUUUUAAAAUCUUCAAGCACAGGUUAUGAGGCUCCGUGUCUGCUGUAGGAGUUGAGCGAUUAACUGACUUGAGGUAGCCAUGUUUGCCCUUUGAGCAAAACAUAGUGAUGUAAGCAUUGAAUAUUUAUUUCAACAAUGCAGCAAUGGAUGGUAUGCUAUCGUAAACCAGUUGCCCAGUGUGGUGCGAUGGUUAACCAAGAGUGUACACUGAGUGAACAAGAGGCACCUCUUCGGGUGCCAGAAAUGCUUUAUUAAUAACCUUGCGCUCUACACAUUCACUUGUAAGCCACACAUAGUCAUGUCUUGUGCUACGAAAGCUGUUUUUUAUUGAAUGCUUAGUAAUGUUGCUGUUUGGUGCGUAUGCUCUCGAUUUUUUAUUUUUAUUGGUGCAGCGCAGUUACCUAUUUGGGGGGGACACUUUUUUUUUUUUUUUUCACCUGCUUUUGCAAUAUUUGCUGGAGGCUCAAAGAGAGCUUGUUUUGCAAGGGGACUGUUCCGACAGUCGGGAGAAAUUAAACGGGCUCUCCUUGUGCCUUGAAUGUUGCGAGUGCACUUGAUAAAACAAAGAAAGCCUGGUGCCUGCAUUACGCUAGUGGACACACGUGCACGUGGUUCCAGUGUGAUAGAUGUUCCUUGCAUUCUUUUCCUUAGACUGUAUGUAGCAUUUUAUAGGUGUCUUGUUUCCAGCGCUGCUAUGUGGCUGUGCACCUUUUUUUUCUUUACUGUGUGUGUGUGUGUUUGAGUGUGCUCUAACAGUGCUGCGAGCCUCUCGUAAUCGAGACUCGCACUGUGAGCGAGGCAGGUGCCACACAUAGUACAGUCAGCACACUCCAGAGGGACACACACCCGCAAACUUGUGUGUCUGUGGGGUGCCAAGACUUGUGGUGCAAGUGUGCGGCACAUCCGUCAGGCACGCCUUGCCUGCCAGAAAGUGCAUUGUAUCCAAGGCGACCGACCGACUGUAAGUUGGGAACGGUGGAGGGACGAAGAACGUCCCAGUUAGGUUGCAGUGAGGGUGUCGGAGCUUGGUAUUUCUGGGGGACCUUAUUCCCAGUCCCUCCCGUGUUGAAGGGUGGAGAGAGUCGGCCAAGAUUCGUCUCGAUGGAUUUGCCGUUUUUCUUGCUAGGUGUACAGUAAAGCUAGGAAUAUUUUUUUUUUAAUUGGCACUAUGAACAAAGAUUGUAUGUACGUCUUAGUAGUGGUGCAGUCUUCGAGGUCGCUGCAUUCUUGGCAUUUGAAGGGAUGAUUUGUUCAAACUUCAAUGCAAGAAAUGGGUACCCACUGUAGUUAGAACUUUUGGUGCCCUUAUUGCCAAGAGCUCUGCCGCUUGUGGUUGAGUAGCUCGGGCGGCAAACUCGUUUAACGGCGAGUAUAGCUUUAAUUUAAUGUCUUUCAACUUCUGUUGUGACUAAAUUAUGACUUAAUUCCACGAGGCAUAGUGACUGAGUGAAAGUUUUUGAGAGAGAAAGAGUUUGUGGGCUGGGUUGGGAGAGAAAAAAAAAACUCGUUCUGUCCGUCGAUGCAGCGCAAAGCAUCAGAGCAGAGACCUUCCGUGACCAAAGAAAAAAAAAUGAUCCACGCGCACACUAAGGCGGCGUCUUUCUUUUUUUGUGGCCAGGACAAGCAGGUUUCUCCUUCUGCGAAGAGGAGGGGGCUAGGGACCAUGACAGUGGGGAAGUAUUCCCGGGGCUGCGCUUACGUACACAGACACAUGUACCCCUCUCUUCCUUUGGGUUUUACUUUUUUUGUUAUUCCUUUCCCGACUAGUGCUGUCUUGUGGCGGAUGACGGGAAGUGGAUGAGGGCUGGAAAAAUGUGGGCCAGCUGUGCAACAACAGCCGCCCUCUUCCUCUGAAGCCUGUUGAGAGCCAAGCAGUCUGUUCGCUUUGCUGUCUUAGGACUAUCGACAUGUAGCUGCAGCAACUUCAGUCUGUGGCGUCUCUUUGUCUAGCGGUGCUGCUGUACCCAAAGCAAUUGUUGCUCUGCAGGCAGCACAGUGGGGCACUCGAGAACUUCUCCUGCCUCCCGCGUAACCUGAGCUUCUAGAUAGGUUUCAAGGGAAGGGGGGGGGGGGUGAGCAGUUGGUUUAUGGAGGAGCGCUGUUUGUUGGCGUGUUUUCAGGGGAGCCACAUGCUGCACACUUGUUUGACUUGACUCUGCAUCCAAGGCGAAUGAGUCCCUAGGGAUCACUGCUGUUAUUUGCAUCCUCAUUUAGCAAGAAAACUCCCAUUCCCAUCCUCCUCUUUGUAAUAUAUGUAUGUACGUCACUGCGCCUUCAUUCGUGCAGGUGGUCACGUGUCGCCUUCGUGCGGUUGUAUGUAUGUAUAUAUGAUAUAUAUAUAUAUAUGUAUGGCCCAAACAGCCUGCAGGUGAUUUCUCGUUGCAUUUUCUCUGGGUGGUUUCCAUAUUUUAAAUUUUUUUUCUCCCUUGUCUGCCAUCAAGUCUGUGAUCACACGGUGAGCAAGCUUCAGUUGCUGCCGUGUGCAGGGAGGAACAGGCGAUUGCAUUCUAGAUUGAGUGGAAUGCCACAUCAAACCCACAUUAGUAUGGUUUUCGCUUGUUGGGUCCAGUGAUGAACUGAUGCAACUCUCUCAGAGAGUGGUGUUCCAAGCCAUGACGAGCAGAGUGUUUUCGAUCUAGUCUUCGCCCUUCCUGUUUGGCAAGGGGCUGUGGCCUUGCUUUGUGAAUGCCGUGCCUUUUGGGUCGAGGUGUCUUCUGAAAAUUGCACCUUUUUCGAUUUCUUUAGCCCCCUUUUGUCAAAGUGAUCUUUCGCAGCUACUCCAGGACUCGCCCGUGUUUAUUACGAGAUAUUUGAAGCAUUUUUUUAUCUUCCCUUCGACGCUGUGCUGACCACAAUUUGCACUUGCAGAACUUAUUUUCCUUUGGUUGUACGAGGGACUGAAGUGGCGAGACGCUAGAAGUUGUGUUUAGGAGGAGGCAAGAGCGCACUUCCAUCGACCAUCGCUGGUGCAUUGUGGUUAUUUUUGCUCUUGAUGCCAAGAAUGUGCCUUACCUAUUGCUUGAGAGUUUGUGUGUGUCUGGAAGGACCUUGGGACCUUGCAGUGUUUGGAUGGCAAAGGCACCUACUCCCCCACCUUUUGUUUUACCAUCAUUUGUGUUCCUCGUAACUCUGGGCGGCACCUGUACAUACAGUCCAUCGGGAGAGGGAAAAGAGGUCUCAUUGACAGCGACUCUGUCUCGACGCCCACAUCACAUAAUUUAUACGCAAGUAGGUUCAUUCAAUCUGCGGCGGAUGUUUUCACGGGAGUAAUAACUGUGCCUGCAUAUUUGCCUGCUGGUACAUCUGUGGGACGUUGUACAUAACGCAAACUGGGAAUGAGUGUGCAGGACAGCCUUGUCUUGUACUGCAGUGAGCAGGAGGUGCGUACGUGAUGUGGCUCCCAAUGUUUCAUUCCUCUCUACACUAUGAUGCCACCAGUCAGUCGCUGGGCAUCAUUUUGAGAAACGCAUACUUGGCGAUUUGCUUGGAAUGCACAAUGGAAAGUACAAUACUGGGUGGAAUAUCUUUUCGUAAGGCAGUGUUUUUAUUCGGGGUGGCUUGUAUGGCGGGUUUUGGCAGUCAAGACACUGGGUUGGGUAGGCAAUUGUUGGCGUAAGUUCAUGUUUCUGCUUUUUUAAGUCGUUUCCAUUAUGAGGUCGCUAAAAACACUGCCAGAAUUUGUGGGUGUUAAGUACCAAUCAGUAGUUUAGGCUAAUGAGGUUACUUCCUCUGGUGGUUUUCCGUUCCAGAUUCCUUCUUUUGCAGUCAUUUCUUUGUUCUUUCCUUGCGGAACUUAAACAUGCGUCAGCCUUGGGAGAUUCCAUUGCCAAACUCCCUCUCAGUCCUGGCGUUAAGUGGGGGGAAGACGCCGACAAACUCAAAUUUCUUUAUGCCGGAGGUCUCUGCGUUUCGGCGGUGACGGCACGUGAAAAAUACUGUCCACCUUAGAACAAAUGACCGAAGCACAUAGCACUUUUUACUCGCGGCAAAACGUAAUUGAUGCGCAGUGUAGCGUUUUCCCUAGUGUGGAAGGUGCGCUAUACCCCAAAUGUUCUUCACGCAUGUGCAAAACCGGUUCUGAAGGACAAACGGCGCGCUUGUUUGUUUCCCGAAACGAGAGAACAAUUAGACAUCCCGCCAGUUAUGGCUUGACAGCAUAGUCUGGUCAAACGAAAUAAAAUGAUGAAAGGCAUGCCGGGCGGGCCUGGCGAUUUCGCGACGUACACACAAGUUUAAAAACAAAGGCUGACUCCCUGUACUCUAGAUUCUUUUGUAGUCUCGUCUUUUUUGCCUUUUGGGUAUAGCAAAAGCAUGUUUUUGAUUUGUAACCGUACGUGGGGAGGAUUGUUUGGCCCAGAGUUUCUGGGCGUUUUUAUUGUCGAUGCAUUAAUGUGACUUGUUCCAAAACUGAGAAAUAAAGAAAGAUUGGUAGUCACACAUGCGCA